AUGUGGGGGACUUUGCCAAUUGCCCAGCUCCUAGUGUUGUGGCUGGCUGGGCAAGGAAGUGCCCUCAGCAGUUCUGUUCUGGAAUCUGGGUUUAACUCCCCUGCAAACGUCUCUGCUCGUGCACGAGUCCAGAAACCUCCUCGCUGUCCGGCCAAAUGUGACAGCUAUGACGCCACCCAGUGGUUUGUGUACCCAAGUACAACCAGGGUUUCAAAAUGCAACCAGACAAUGCUUUUAGACUUCAUGGUCCAGAACCCAUUGAAUGAUAGCGCCACCCAUCACACCAUCUACAGCUGCACCACAACUGGUUCAGAUGGUCUGGAGAGCGCUAGUGGUGGCACCUCAUGUGCCAGCGCAAUCUCAACCCUCGAUGCUAACUACGAGGUUGGCCGCUGGGAUGCCGAGGCUACUACCAAGAGUUCCCCCGGUAUCAAGGGUAAUCAGACUCUGAUGGCCUUGCAGGAAAUGCAGACCUAUCUCCUGGGCAACUGUCAGAAGUCGACCAUCUUUGCCUACUCGGAAGUUGAGAACGUGGCGGCGGCUAUUUAUGUUGGAGGCAGUCUUGAACGCGCUCAAAACAUUCAUGCCUUGCUGGAUGGCGUUGCCGAUUUAUUUGACAACGUCCAGUCCAGCGAUAGAUGGGUGUGGCAAUCAUGUGGCAGAAAUGCUAAUUAUACUCUGGGAAUUGCUGUCGACCUACACGGAGACCUAGCAGGGGUUCAGCAACAUGUUCGCACCUGGAGUGACGGCGCGUGCGUCUCUGGGUUUACCGCGAGCGAUACUGGCAGUAUUAGGCUGCUCUCCAUAGAUCCAACUAAUGUGUCAACCGCCAAUGCUUCGUCGCCAGUUACAGGCAACACCACCAGCGUCGUGCACUCCAGAUCUCCCAGUGCACAUGGUCAUUCCUUGUCCCAUGGACAUGCCCGACACUCCCUGCACCGCCGUUCGACCUGCUCCUACGUACAGGUCAUCUCGGGGGACUCUUGCGCUUCUCUAGUCGAGGAGUGUGGGAUCUCAGCCGAUGACUUCUACGACUACAAUCCAUCCAGCGAUCUCUGCUCGACCCUUACCGUGGGGCAAUAUGUUUGUUGCUCGUCAGGCGACCUCCCUGACUUUGCCCCAUCUGCCUACGCCAAUGGAACUUGUUGCACCUACGAUGUUGUCUCUGGAGACUCAUGUUCGGCACUCGCAGCUACGUACAGUCUCACCGAGGAUGAGAUUGAUAGCUUCAACUCAGAUACCUGGGGGUGGUAUGGCUGUGAUGACUUACAAGCCGGUCAAUCCAUCUGUCUUUCCAAUGGCACCGCCCCUUAUCCGGUCGCUCUGGCUAACGCUGUUUGCGGUCCUCAGGUGCCAGGUACUAAUUUCACAGACACUACCGUGGGGGACUGGGCGACUUUAAACCCAUGUCCGCUCAACGCCUGCUGUGAUAUUUGGGGUCAGUGUGGUGCUACCCCAGAUUAUUGUAAUGAUACCCUAGCUGCUAGUGACGCCCCAGGCACUGCCCCUCCGGGUUCCAAUGGAUGUAUCUCGAACUGCGGUACAACUAUUGUGAAUACCGCAACCGCUCCGUCGUCUUUCUCUGCAGUGGGAUAUUUUGAAGCCUCUAAUGUGGAACGACCUUGCCUCCAGAUGAACGCCUUCACUAUCAGUCCCGAAAAGUUCACCCACGUUCAUUUCGCCUUCGGGAAUAUUACUUCCAAUUUUUCAAUCAGCAUUGCCGGUGCCGAACAACAAUUCACCUACUUCCGGGAAUUGGAAAACAUAAAGCGCAUCGUCAGUUUUGGGGGUUGGGACUUUUCCACCAGCCCGGACACUUAUAUGAUUUUCCGUGAAGGUGUCGCAGCCGCCAACCGUGAUACGCUGGUCCAGAAUGUCGUAGACUUUUUGGAUGAGUACGACCUGGACGGUGUUGAUUUUGACUGGGAAUACCCCGGUGAGCCUGAUAUCGAGGGGAUCCCUGCUAGAAGCGACGAGGAUGGUUCAAAUUAUCUCGAAUUUCUCACGGCAUUACGCGAGGCCUUGCCGUCCAAGUCAAUCUCCAUAUCUGCGCCUGCGUCUUAUUGA